AUGAAACGCAGACGAAAGCAACAGACCGGAGAGAAGGACGACAAUACGGAAGAGACUCAUCAUUCAGAAGAUAGAGUCCGGCAUCCAGCAAGAGCAUCUUUGUCCCAUGAUUCAAGAAAUGAUUCCUCAUCACAUCACCAGCCGAGGGCAGCUGCAAGUGGAUCGAUGGCAGCUUCGGCAUCGCUGUCAUCUUCUUCUGUAGCAGGGACACUACCAGAUUCUGGCCAAGACCAACCGUGGGAGCUUGAACACAGGCGGAAGGCUAGUAGGAAGAGUUCCAUGAGACAUCAAGCUCGGAAAAGGAUUGAGACGGAACACCUUGCUGAGCUCCAAGCCAAAUUGGAAACGAUAAACACACAGUUACGAGAAGAAAACGAAUCGCUGCGAGCCCUUAUCAAGCGGCUUCGCGAACCAGAAAAUUCCAACCCAGUACAAGCCAACUCCACAAGCACCCGGCCAAUGGCGCUGAAUACGGCUGCAACAACGGGGCAGCUCAAUGUUGAACAACAAAGGUCGACUAACGAUUUAUUGUCUCUGUUACAGCGGCCUUCUCAGUACAACGUUUUAGACCAGCGACAACCAGUUCUGCCCGGUGUCUCAGCAGCAGCAACACCAUCUCGGCCAACGACGAUGGAGCAAACAAGAAGUCUGCAGCUAGCAUUGAUACAACAAAGGUUCAAUUCGAUGCCGCUGGCUUAUCAGCAAGAUCAACAUCUUUACUUUCCUCUUGUUCAGGAAUUACACCUGGCAACUUUGCAGCCUGGAUCAUUACCCUAUAUCGCAGGGGGCUUAUCAAGUCGACGAAUACUACCAUCUAUACUAGAUUUACCGAACAAUAAUUACGGUAUGUUGCAUCAGCAAGCCGCAUUUGGGGCGCGGAUGUCUCCUGAAGACGAAGAGGAGGAUUCUAAACCCAAGAGUCAGGAUCGCGGCUGA